AUGCUACAAGAUGCUGGAUUCAACUUGUAUGGAUACGUACCAAAUAUGGCAGCCAACAUCAUCAUGUUGGUUGUGUUUGCGCUAUCAACAAUCGUCCAUUUCUUGCAAGUUGUCCGAUAUCGGCAAUGGUGGCUCCUGUUGUUGCCAGUGGGUACAUUGGCAGAAGUAGGUGGCUAUAUUCCGCGACUUAAGGGUCACUACCAUCCAACUCUGCGUGAUCCCUACGUGGCAACAAUGUGUCUGUUAAUCAUUACCCCCUGUUUGUUUGCGGCCGUUCAUUUCACCGUUUUAGGUCGCAUGUGCACGCUUUUCCCUCGCAAGUACACAUUGGUUCGCCCUGUUUUGGUGAUGCCCUUUUUUGUCACAGUGGAUGUGGCAUCUUUGGUAAUCCAGGGAGUAGGUGCAGCUAACGCUGGUACGAGUGACAGUGCCGAGGCUGCCGAAUCCGGAUCAACUAUCGCAGCUGUGGGUGUUGGUGUCCAGCUAGCUGGGUACUUACUAUUUUUCGUUUUAUUCUCUAUAUUCUACUACCGCAUCCGACGUGAUCCCCCUCCCGGUUUGUCUCAAAUGCACACAUUGAUGAUUGCCACUAUGAUUUCUAGUGGUUGGAUCAUUUUGCGAUCUAUUUACCGUCUUAUUGAGAUGGGAGAAGGAUGGGAUGGUGUGAUUAACAACACAGAAUGGUGCUUGUUCGUGUUCGAUGCUGUUUUGGUGUUCUUUGCAGUUACAGUUUACAACAUUGUUCACCCUGGCAAAUAUCUACCCAAAAAGUUUUCUUGGAACUACAACCCUGACAAGGACGGUAUCUGGUGGGAAAACAAAAACGAAAACGAACUCGAGUCGCCCCCCGUUGCGUAUCCAGAAAAGCCUCUUCCUGUUAAGGAAGUGUGA